AUGACUGUCGCUGAUUACGAGUCCAAACAGGACGAGAAGCCCGGACUGCAGAUUGUGCUGCAGAGUUGCACAGAGUACGAGAGGCGCAUUCCUCAGGCCUCGUCGUCGUGGAAACCCGAGCGGACACACGUUUAUGACACGCAGCAGCACAUGAUCCGGCUGGAGAUGUACGAUCAAGGCCCUGGCAUAAGGCCGGGAUUAGGACUACAAAGGCGACUCCUCGUGCCACGAUAUGUAACUGCCAGCACCUCGGAUCUCCACAACAUUUGGCCCCGAGUCGGUUGCCGUGGACACAAACAGAACGGCGGCGGUGGCGACAACAGGCUCCGGUUCGCUUGCCUAUGGACACUUGAGCGGCUGCAGUAG